CUAAUUCCUCAACCAAGAUGAAUGUCUUCUCCCGCAAGCCCUCUGCCUGUAUCGCUGAUCAAGGAGCAUCUUGAUUUAUCUAAUCCCUUUACCGACUCCUCAACAUACGCUCCAAGGUUGUGUGACGCAUGGAGCAUUGGGAACUUAUACAUGAACAAGACUUCGCAGAUCGGACAGUUACCGACUUCCAUUGCUCAAGCAGAUGAUGAAAAACAGCUGCAGCAGUCCAUGGGGUUGUUGAGCUCUAACGAGGAGCAUCAACAGGGGCAGGAUUUCGCAGAAUUACCCAGUCCCAUGUUGGACAACACUUGGAGCAUGCUAUCAGAAGCCCAAGUUACCAACCUGGAAGAUUCCCUUGUUCCAGUCGAAGCGCCGCACCAAAGUUCAUCAACCUGUCAACUUAAAUUGCCAGACGCUGACAAAGAUGGAAGAGGGUUCUCGGAACAUGAUGACCGAAACAUUGGAAGUAAAUUCAACGGUCGCAGUGGCCUUCGUCAAUCCAGCUUAAAACGAGACAGAGAGGAGUUCUCGGAGGGGGAGACCACCGUAACAGUGGUGUUCCAGAAAAUGAAGCCUGGCCGGGACAAGAAAAAGGCCAUUCCCGAUGACGACCAUCGCGGCUGGAAGAAAUAUGGCAACAAAACAAUUCAGAAUUCCAACUUUUGCAGAGGAUACUACAAAUGUGGCAUGGUGGAUUGCCGUGCAAAGAAGAUGGUGCAACCAACAGUCCAGGACCCUUCCAUUUUCGAGGUCACGUACGUCGGGAAACACACCUGCUCUGGAUCAUCACGAAGACGGCACAGGUCUCGGACAGUCGCUCCCCCUCCCCAUCCCCCUCCGACUAUUGAAGGGAUCGACGUCCUGGAUGGAGAGAGGCAAUCCUCAGCCGAUGAGAAAGCAGGAUCCAGUGGUGCUCUCUACACGUCAAAACCCUCAGUAAAUGGAUCCAGCGAUGUUCGUGUGCAAACCAAGAUUGCAAGGUUGCUCAAGAAUCACGGCGGAAACGGUGUGAUCGAAGCAGUUAAAGCAAACAGCCUGACAGCAAGGUCGAAUAAUAAGGGUAGCCCUGAGGAUGAUCAAGUGAGUAAAGAUAGCAAGAGCUGGUCAUCCAGGUCAAGCAAGCAGAUGUUGCUCGACAAUAAUUCUGUUGAACCAAACGAUUCCAAUGAGACUGAUCCAGUGCCUGAGGAUCACGAUCACGAGGAGGGCACCUAUCUCCAGCAUAGUUACCAACACCAGCAAUCAUCAUACUCAUUUCAACAGGAGUCUUUGCUGUGGCCGGAGAUUAAUAUGGACGCUUCGACCUUGUCCACUGCAGAUCCCAAUUAAACCAAACAUUGCCAUUUUUACAACUAAGGACAUUCUUGAACGACUUGUGUAACGAUCCUGAACAUAUUGGACAACUGUGAAUUCUACGUGGUCCUUCAAACAGUCGCUGAGGCGCCCUUCUUAAACUCAAGCACCCAUUGGUGGUUACGUAGAUAUGUAUAAUAUGGUGAGUACGGGGCAAGGGAAGCAUCAUGGAAACUGGAUUGAAGUUAAAGAGCAUGCACUUGAAGAUCCGGAUUGGGAUUGCAGGGCUCUUGCACGAACUGACGGGAGUUCUUAUUUCGCAGCGACAGGACGUUCAGAGGAUCAAAGACCUAACCAGGACUAGAUAACGUGGCCUUUCAAAAUUUUUCCAUGAAAGUUUUGGGGAUGUGCCAAAACUACAAAAAAACAUGCCACUCCUCCGAUUGAGGGUAACUCGAAACCAGAUGAUUGGUAACUGUCUGACCAUACAUUAAAAAAAGAUAUCAUACGCUCAAGAACCUGCUCACACAUUGACUGACGUAACUAGUGCAGAUAUUCAUUCCUGUUACAAGUGAUGAGGCACGCUCCUUUCCAUGACUCGCCCACACACAACUCUCUCGCAUAAUCUUGAGAUUGUCAUCCUCCACAAGUGGUUUUAAACCUACUCGAUGCCACUAUAUUUGAACAACCCGAGUUGUAAGUAUCUUACUUGGUAUGAGCAGCUUGAUUCAUCUGUUGAAUAAAAUAGAUGCUGACUCAUACAAACCAUGAUUUCUAACAAGACAUUAAAAGUAGUCGACCAAUCUUUUGCACCUUAAAAUGGUUUUGAAUGUUUGACAGGAUUCAGAAUGUUGUUCAUCAAUCCCCGCUGAUUGGUCUGCAACAGCUCUGCCAAACUCUAAACACGGUAACAAUAAACUUGUUAACUUAACCCGCACCAAU